AUGGAGUCAGGUAGGAACAACGACCCUAAACCAGAGCACCCCCCACUGCAAUUUUCAACGCAGGUGGGGAACGGGCAUCCUCGUGCAGAACAACACUCUCCUUCCCCAUCGCCUCUACCAUCGCCCACCAAGACCAACAAUGCCACGGUCGCGACCCAGGAAAAAGUCGCAGACAGCAAUUUACACCACUCUCCCUCAACCAUAGACUACUGGUGGGGAUGGGAUAUACUUGGGCUCGGCCUGGCGCUUGCGAUCCUGAUCGCCAUCAUAGUCAUCCUGCGCGUGUACGAUGGCAAGCAACAACCCAGCUGGAGGUGGAUUUCGCUUAACACACUUCUCUCGUGGUUGAGCACAGUCGGAAAAGGCUGCAUUGCAUUCCCUCUCAGCGCUGGCCUGUCACAGCUCAAGUGGGUAUGGUUUGCGCAGCGAAAGCGCCCGUUGUCAGACCUGAGGGUUUUUGAUAGCGCCAGUAGAGGCAUCUACGGGAGUGCAGAGCUUCUGUGGGCAUUGAGGAUGCGUCAUUUUGCGGUCUUGGGUGCCAUUGCGGUGCUGCUCGCCGUUGGAUUUGAACCCUUCGUCCAGAACCUGGUGCAUUACUCGCUCGAUCUUAUCGUGGAUGCAUCGCAGAUCUCUCGCCUAGCGAAUACCACAGAUUAUAGUAGUCUCGGACCGUUGGGAUCCGGUGCAGGCAACUACUACGUUGAGCCUACAUUCAAAGGGAAUAUAUACAACUCUAUAUUCAGUACAGAUCCAGGGAGGCCAUGGGCCAUCCCACAGUAUAUGUGCCCAACGGGUAACUGCACCUGGGACCCCGUUGCCACUCUUGCAGUGCGCGCCCUUUGCUCAAACGUUACAUCCUCCAUCGAGAAAAGAUGCGAACGCCUUGACGACAGCUCCGGGAUUACAUAUGACAACUGCACGGUCUCGCUUCCCAAUGGGGUAUCAGCAUAUUACGCCGGCGGCUAUUCGACGGAAGCAAUUGCCUUGAAAGUCCAACCCUCGUCUCAGCCCGUCGUGUACACCAACGCCACCUUACCGGUCAUCCAGCGCAUCGAAGCAGUAGUCGCAAGCGGGGAAGAAGGGUGGUAUAUAGCCCCAGAUAUUCACAGUAACGCUGGAUAUGUCGCGACGGAAUGCUCCCUGGAACCCAUCGUCCGCAGUGUCAAGGCCUCUGUUAAUAGCUCCGUCUACCGCGAAACUCGACGGGUACUCCUCCUCCCGAACUGGGACGAAAGCCUAGGCAUCCAGCCCGGCCAGAACUUUACCUUGUUCCCGAAGAGCCACGCUACAAUAAGGCUCUUCAUGGAAUCACUUUUCUCUGGCGAAGCGUACACCAGCACCAUGCGACUGGUAUUCCGUCCAAGUGGAACACAAUACGGGUCGUACGCAACAGCUGAUGUCAUGGAGGCAUUUAUGUACGGAAAUGUCACGGGUUGCGCGGGUACUGAGAACGACCGGUUUGGUUGCGCGAUGAGGAAUGUCGCUGAUGCUAUGUCUAAGUCGUUCCGCGACCAGGCGUAUAUAAAUAACGGGCCGGAGGCUGACAUGGUAGUGGGCUAUACCCAGGCGAACGCCACCAUUAUCCAUGUCCGUUGGCAGUGGUUGACGCUGCCGUUGCUUGUUUGGCUGCUCAGUGCUGUGACUUGGUUAGGGACGGAGUGGAAAACGCGCCGGGGGAAGUUACAGAAGUGGAGUGAUAAUCCGCUUCCAUUAUUGUUUCUCUAUCGGGGUGGGGAAUAUAGUCAAACUGAUGAAGCCCAGGGAGUGUCUGGCCAGGCGUAUGAGCGGCGAGCGAAGAGCAUUCAUACGCAGCUAUAUACAAAGGAGAAUCGGGCAGCGUUUGUUAAAUAG